AUGAAUUAAUAGGAAAUUUUAAUUCAGAUUCUUGAAGGCUUAUAAACAAAGAAUUCAAAUAUCAUUAUUUCAAGUCUUGAGUGUGAUCAAAAUUUAAUUUCUGAUGUAAUCAAAGAAUUACCAAUUUCAAAAUGCGAAGCAUUAUUCUCAUUUUUAUUGAAAAAAAUUAAUAAUCACAAAUUAUAAAUUAACUGCAUGAAAUGGAUUACUAUUUUAUGUGACACAAGGCCAUAAUUAUUUUUAAAUAAUUUAAAAUUUAAGGAUUUAGUAUAAAAGAUAAAAGUUUCAGACAUUGAUUCAUAUGAACUGAUUGGAAAACUUGAAAUGAUUGUUUAAUAAUGA